UUGGGAUGUUUGUUGAACCUAAAGUGGGUCCUAGAGCAAUUGCUUUCAAAUUCUCAUCAUGUAAAUAAAAUGACCCACUCACACUUCAAAUUCUCAUCUCAAACUCACAAAACCCAAUAUGGCUGUAGAAUUAUUGGCACUUCCUAGUUGGGUCACUUUGUUUACAACAUUUUCAAUCCUCCUCCUCUUCAGCCUCCGUCUCCGCCGCCGCAAAUAUAAUCUACCACCAGGCCCAAAACCAUGGCCCAUAAUAGGAAACUUCAAUCUUAUUGGACCUCUUCCACAUCAAUCCAUUCAUGGGCUCACCCAAAAAUAUGGACCCAUGAUGUAUCUACGGUUUGGCUCCAAACCGGUCAUUGUGGGCUCAACCGUAAAAAUAGCCCAAGCCUUCCUUAAAACCCAUGAUGCUGCCCUAGCCGGUCGACCCAAUUUAUCGGCCGGUAAAUACACAACUUAUAACUACUCCGACAUAACUUGGUCCCAAUACGGCCCAUAUUGGCGACAAGCCCGUAGAAUGUGUCUAUUGGAAUUGUUUAGUGCGAAACGUCUUGAGUCUUAUGAGUACAUAAGAAAACAAGAGUUACGUGUUCUUUUGCACGGUCUUUUUAAUUCAAAAAACAAAACAAUUUUAUUAAAAGACCAUCUUACAACUUUGAGUCUAAAUGUUAUAAGUCGUAUGGUAUUGGGGAAAAAGUACUUGGAAGAGACGGAAAAUGCUAUUAUUUCUCCCGAUGAGUUUAAGAAAAUGUUGGAUGAGUUGUUUUUGCUUAAUGGUGUUCUUAAUAUUGGGGAUUUUAUUCCUUGGAUUCAUUUCUUGGACUUGCAAGGUUAUGUGAAGAGAAUGAAGACUUUGGGUAAAAAGUUUGAUAGGUUUAUGGAACAUGUGUUGGAGGAACACAUUGAGAGAAGAAAAAAUGUCAAGGAUUUUGUUGCUAAGGAUAUGGUUGAUGUGCUCUUGCAGCUUGCUGAUGAUCCUGAUCUUGAAGUCAAGCUUGAGAGGCAUGGAGUCAAAGCUUUCACUCAGGACCUAAUAGCUGGUGGGACAGAGAGCUCAGCAGUAACAGUAGAAUGGGCAAUAUCUGAGUUGGUGAAAAGGCCAGAGAUCUUCAAAAAAGCCACAGAUGAGCUUGAUAAGGUAAUAGGAAAAGAUAGAUGGGUUGAAGAGAAAGAUAUUGUGAAUUUACCAUAUGUAUAUGCAAUUGCUAAAGAAACAAUGAGGCUACAUCCAGUGGCCCCAAUGUUGGUGCCAAGACAAGCCAGAGAGGAUUGCAAUGUUGAUGGCUAUGAUAUCCCAAAAGGGUCACUAAUUCUUGUCAAUACUUGGACUAUUGGAAGAGAUUCUAAUAUUUGGGAAAACCCUUAUGAAUUCAUGCCAGAGAGGUUUUUAGAUAAGGAUAUUGAUGUGAAAGGACAUGAUUUUGAGUUGUUGCCAUUUGGUGCUGGGAGAAGGAUGUGUCCUGGUUACCCUCUUGGAAUUAAGGUCAUUCAAUCAAGUUUGGCUAAUUUGUUACAUGGGUAUAAUUGGAAAUUACCUAAUAAUGUAAAAAAAGAAGACUUGAAUAUGGAAGAAGUUUUUGGGCUUUCUACACCUAAGAAAAUACCACUACAAGUUGUUGUUGAGCCUAGACUUCCUCAUCAUCUUUACUCUCUUUGACUAUUUUUCUCUACUUACUAAGAUUGGGAAUAAUGGCUUUUGUGUGAGUCAAUGUCAUCGUAGUUAAUAACAAGAGAAAUAAAAAAAAAUAUAGUAAGCAUGUUAAUGAAGAAAAAAAAGAUAUUUCAUUGUUGGAGGUUAGUAUUGAGUGUAGUAGUAAACUAGCUACUAGUUGUUGUUCUAGUGUAUUGUAAUACCUGAAUAUUGAAUGUUUUGUCAUGUAUCAAAUAUUUCCUUAAAAUUUUCCGGUUCGUUUCCCUCA